AUGCCUGACAAGCAGCGAGUAUGUCUUGCUUACUCUGGCGGCCUUGACACUUCUUGUAUCCUAGCAUGGCUUAUAGAGAAAGGUUACGAUGUCAUCUGUUUCAUGGCUAACAUUGGUCAAGAGGAGGACUUCGAAGCUGCCAAAGCAAAAGCUCUCAAGAUUGGUGCCAAAGCCUGCUACGUCGAGAACGUGAUCGACGAGUUUGUGAAGAACCUCUGCUUCCCCGCUAUCCAAUGCAACGCUUCCUACGAGAACGUCUACCUCCUCGGUACCUCUCUUGCCAGACCCGUCAUUGCUCGUGCACAAAUCGCAGUCGCUCAGAAAGAGGGUUGCCAGUUUGUAUCGCACGGCUGCACAGGCAAAGGUAACGACCAGGUCCGAUUUGAGCUCGCAUUUUACGCUCUGCAACCUGACAUCAAGAUCAUUGCCCCAUGGCGGAUCCCCGAGUUCUACGAGACUUUCAAGGGCCGAAAUGACCUCCUCGACUAUGCUUCGAAGCAGGGUAUACCAGUGGUGUCCACAAAAUCUAAGCCAUGGUCAAUGGACGAGAACCUGGCACACUGCAGCUAUGAAGCUGGCAUUCUUGAAGAUCCAGAUACAACAGCCCCAUCCGAUAUGUGGAAGCUGACUGCAGACCCUAUCACAAACGCUCCAGACGAGCCAGAAGAUGUCACGAUCGACUUCGAGAAAGGCAUUCCUGUAAAGAUUUCCUCCAAGAGCCAAAACGCUUCAGGCCCUACAAAGCUCUUCCUCGCUGCCAACCAACUCGCACGAAAGCACGGUGUCGGCCGAAUCGACAUUGUUGAGAACCGAUUCAUCGGCCUCAAGUCACGAGGUUGCUACGAAACUCCAGGUCUAACAAUCCUACGAACAGCCCACAUCGAUCUCGAAGGUCUGGUCAUGGACCGAGAAAUUCGCGCCCUUCGUGACCAAUUCGUCACCAUUGGCUAUUCUCGAAUCCUCUACAACGGGUUGUAUUACUCGCCUGAGCGUGAGUUCCUCGAGGCCAGCAUCGUUGAGUCACAAAAGCCUGUCAACGGUACAGUUCGUCUGCGAUUGUACAAGGGCAACUGCUUCGUUGUCGGUCGAAGCUCCACGACUAGCAAGCUAUACGACAUGAGUGAGAGCUCUAUGGAUGAGAUUGGUGCUUUUGAGCCCAGCGAGACUGGUGGUUUCAUCAAGGUGCAAGCCAUUCGAUUGAGGAAGUAUGGCGAGGCCAAGAAGGAGGCUGGUAUUGAUCUAGUUCAAGAAUCGUAG